UGUAUAUACAUCAUAUAUAUGUAGUCAAUAUGCCGUUUUCCUCGGUCAAAAUGCCUACAGUCAUAGCAUUAGACGUUUCCUUGUCAAUGAGAAGACCCGUAUUAACAAAUGGGACGAAUGAUAAUUUACAAAAUGAGCCAUUAACACGGCAUCAUUUAGCAGUGCAUGGUAUAAACGCUCUGUUACAUUAUUUGCAAGUUAAUUCAAAAUUGGAAUUUGUCUCACUGAUUGUAUUUUCAUCGUUGUAUGAAGUGAUUUGUCCCUUUACUCGCGACUAUGACAGUAUACGUGCAAAGUUACAAACUAUCGAGGAAUGGGACAAGACAUGUAUCGAAGGAGCAUUACAUGGCAUCAAUAAUGUAAUUAUGGCAGAAUGGGGCAAUGCUACUGCUUGCCAAGUAAUACUAAUUACAGAUGGCAAUCCUGGCGUAGGAAUGAUGUCCUUGGGCGAUUCUUUAAAUUCUUUAAAUGUCGCAAGAGAUAUAAACCCCUUUCCAUUACCUUUUCCAUAUCCGGGAAAAUUAAGUAUAGUGUGCAUUGGAUCACAGCAGGAUCCUAGUUUACAGGCUGGUUUGCCUCUCUAUCAACGUUUAGUUGAUUUAGCUGGUGGUGACAGUAUUGUCCUAGUUCCAGAAUCUCCACUUAGUAAAUAUUCUGUUGCUGCUUGUUUUCAGAAACUAGCUGAAGCAAAUUAUGUUUCCUUCCAAGGAUAUCUAAAGUGUGGCCAUUUAGGGUCUCGUAUUUUAUUAUCACCAGCACCUAUGCCUUAUACAAAAAAAGCGGAUUUUGAAUUAGUCCCAGAUUUGGUGAUAUCAAAAACUAUAGAAAUAUGUGGAUUUAUAUCUGUAGGAGAUGUUGGUAGCCCAAGUUCCAUUUCUAGACAUUUGGUAUUACCAUUAGCAACAGAGAAAACUUCAAGUAUGCAAGGUAUAUCGUUAGAAGAAGAUUCAGACACCGAUGAAAACGGAGACGAGGGAAAAAUGCCGUCUUUUUGUGUAUUGCUUCAUGGUGCAUUGAAGGUGGAAAAUAUGGCUGCCCUUUGCUUAUUAAACAAUGAAUGGUAUGGAUUUAUAUAUUCUUGGGCAGAUACUAAAAAGAAGUCCAACUUAAUGUUAACAGUAUUAGAACCAGGAUCUGAUGUUGUACCAUGGUUAGGCAAUUUCAGCAAUUUAGGCCCACUAGAUGCGGCUAAAACUCCAGUCAGUUUCCCAGUGAGACCAACUGAAAAGAGAAGUUAUACACAAAAUGCCCCUUCAUGGAUUCGCCAAGUCGGUUUACAAUCCGACAUUCAGAAAAUAUUAAGACACGCAAGAAAAUUACCAGAAAAGACACAAAACUUUUAUAAGGAGGUAAACAGAUUACGACGCGCAGCAGCAUCAAUAGGCUUUAUUGAAUUAUUAGAAGGGUUAGCCUGUAUCUUGGAACGGGAAUGCACAUUACUACCACCGAAUUUGAAUCCUGAUUGUACAAUCCAAAUGGGACACGUUGCAUCAAUGAUAAGAAAACCAGAAUUCCUUGAACUUAGAUACAAUAUUCCACCUGCACGGACAAAAUUUCAAACUGGAUCGUAAAUUCUAAUAUAUAGCAAUUGAUAUAUAUAUAUCAACUGUCAGACACGUGUAAGAAAAUAUGUCAUAAAUAUAUAUAGGUUUUUAUAAAAUUAUAGUUUUGUUACAUUUAAUAAUUAUAAUUGAAAAAAC